UGAGGUUAUACUAUCGCCGUAGUGUAGCCGGAAGAGACAAACCCAUUAUCAAAAUCUUAAAAACAUUUGAAACAUCCUUACUACCUACUCCAAUCUAGUGAGACUCUAGAGUGACAGGAAACUUUUUGCUAAAGCUGCAGACUGACAUUAGCGUACGCCAAAAACCAACAUUGAUAUGUAGCAACUUCACCUCUUCUUUUGCAAACCCCACAAAACCGUUUCCCGUUCUGCAUUCCUUCAGCCAGCCAGCCAGCCAGCCAGCCAUCCAGCCAAAAGAAAAACAAACCCCCCACCCUCCACAAUGGCGUCAGCCUCCCCCUCGCUCAAACACCUAGGGUCUCUCCCCUACACCACCCCCGCAAGCCGCCUCCGCACCCUCGACAUCUGGCUUCCCACACCCACCCCAAGCGCACCUUCCCUCUGGCUCAUCUACCUCCACGGCGGCGCCUGGCACGACCCCCUACAAGACUCGACCUGCAUCACCCCUCUCCUCUCACACCUCAGCACCACCCACGAAUCCACGCUCCCCUCCCUCGCCGGCAUCGCAAGCCUCAACUACCGCCUCUCGCCCUACCCCGCGCACCCCACGCACCCCAGCACCCCCUCCGACCCCGACCGCUCAGCAAAGCAUCCGACCCACGUCCGUGAUGUAGCCGCUGCUCUGCGGUUUCUAGCGCAAAACCAUGGGAUGAAGCGUUGGAUCGGCGUGGGCCAUUCCUGCGGCGCAACGAUGCUUGCGCAGCUUGUGAGCGGGAUAGGCGCGGAGACUGAAGCGGCGGAGCCGCCAACCGGACCAGAGGCGUUGGUAUUGCUCGAGGGAAUAUACAACAUACCGCUACUCCUCCGGAACCACUCGCCGCCCGCGUGUCCGGAGCAUAUCUCAGAUAUUUACCGGGGCUUCGUGGCUGCUGCGUUUGGGACCGAGGCAGACGAAAAGGACUUGUUGGACGUGUCCCCUGUAUCGGGGAAAUACAACACGGAGCAAUGGCCUGAGGGGCGGUUACUGCUUAUUUGCCAUAGCUACGAGGAUGAGCUUGUGGAGCGCGCGCAGCGCGAUGUCAUGUGUGUGGCGCUGGAUAGGCAGGGGUGGAGUAUCGUUAUGGAGGUUGGGGAUGAGGAGGAUGAGGUUAGGGCUGAGGGGCGGAGAGUGCUUAAUGUGAGGGAUUUAAAGGGUGGGCAUGAUGAGAUUUGGGAGGAUGGGAAACAGAUUGCUACCUUGGUUGCCGAGGUGGUGCAACGGUUGGCGUGAGUAUAAUAAAGUUAGAGAUAGUGAUAUUAAUAUUUAGACAAAAGGGCUGCAAUCACAUCACACAAAAACAUACACUGGGUGGCUGGGCUUUGUUUCAAGUCAUGUUGAUUGGCUGUUGCGAUUCCUUAUUAAAUAUACAAAGGCAUGGAGUCUUGAUGC